AUGGCACCCGCUAAGCCGACCCGCCCUUUCCUCAACAGGGCCCUCGCAUCUUCUCUCAUCCACGCAACCGCUAUCACCCCAACAAUAUCAGCACAGAUGCUCCCCUCAGAGUCCUCCCUCGCCAUCGACACUGCUCUCGCCCGCCCCCACCACGCCCUCAGCUCCCCCAACCUCCUCCUCAUGCCGCCCGGCACAGCUUCCCCAGAGUCUGAAUCCCCCCGCCGAAGUGAAUCCCCGAGCCGCGACUCCAUCGCAACCAAUACUUCUACAACUUCUCGCUCCUCCCGUUUCCGCUUUCCCCGCAAACCCUCCUUCAUGCAGGACCCCCCAGAAACACCAACCACGCCCUCCGCCACGACACACAAGCAUGGGCCCCUCCACGACCUCAAACGCUUCCUCAACCACCACAUCCCCCACCACAACGGCCACCCGCCCCAUUCAAAUCCCCAGACACCCGUCACGCCCCAGCGCAGGCCCUCCUUUUUCGGCCCCUCAGAUAACAACCCUCCCCCAGCACCUGCCACUCCCAAACCCAUCAAGCAGAGCAAGGACAGGACAAGCCCCUCACCAGGCCCCUCCUCCCCCACCCGCGACCAACCCCACCAUCCCAUCUCAUCCCUCCAUGACGCUACCCAGGCCCAUCUCUCAAAAAAGUACGGCAAAUGGGGCAGGGUCCUCGGCAGCGGCGCAGGCGGCACCGUCCGUCUUAUCAAGGGCAAGAACGGUGGCAACGUAUACGCUGUCAAGGAGUUCCGCGCAAAACGAAACGGCGAGAGCGAGAAGGAGUACCAGAAAAAGGUCACCGCGGAAUUCUGCGUGGGCUCAACCCUCAAACAUCCAAACAUCAUCGAAACCGUCGAUAUCGUCUUUGACCACGGCCACUAUUAUGAGGUCAUGGAAUUUGCCCCCUUUGACCUCUUUUCCGUCGUCAUGUCUGGCAGAAUGUGUCGUCCAGAGAUAUACUGCGUAUUCCGUCAAAUUUGCGACGGCGUAGAGUAUCUCCACGAGAUGGGGCUCGCACACCGCGACCUCAAGCUCGACAAUUGCGUGAUGACAGAGGGGAAUGUUGUCAAGCUCAUCGACUUUGGCACCGCCACCGUAUUCCACUAUCCAGGAAAGGCUCAUACGCCUGCCACCGGUAUCGUGGGCAGUGACCCUUAUCUCGCGCCGGAAGUACUCAGCAAUGAUUCAUAUGAUCCAAGAAAAACAGACGUAUGGAGCAUCGCUAUCAUCUUCCUAUGCAUGAUUCUGCGCCGCUUCCCCUGGAAGAUCCCAGAUCCAAAGACAGACCCCAGCUUCAAAGCCUUUGUCAACGCCCAUCCCGACCUCUCCGUCAAGCCGCCCCCGCGCAAGCAGACGCAGACGCUGGUGAAUGGCACUGCUGCAGGGUCGACUACCACCGACAAGGGCCGCAAGCUCCCUGUGCGUGGGAUAACCAUGCCCAUGAACGCGGGGUCGGAUCACAUCAGAGUCGUCCCCGCACGCGAACGCAGCGCUCCCGACCCCGAGUCCUCCAGCAGCACCAGCACAUCCUCCGAGACCACCUCCAUCCUCACCAACUCGUCCGGCUCACUAUCCCAGUCCACCGCCAUCACCGACCCGCCGUCCCGCCUCGCCUCGGGUUCCCUUGCCACACUCAAGAACGGCAGCGAAGAUGAGGAGCAGCGCCGCCGCUCACGCAUCCUCGAUAGCCUCGAGCAGCGUCAUAGCCCUGCGAUGCAUAGCACGGCGACCUUACCGAACUUUGACAUGCUCAGGCCGUCGGAGAGCCCAACAGAGAUGGACCCCUCGGUCCUUACUUACCCGAGGCCCGGAAACUCGACAGAGUCACUCCCUUUGAGCCCGUACAUCCCUCAAGACGACCUCUUGACGCCGCGUGGCGGUCCUGCGAUGCCGUUCCCGUCGAGGCACUCGAUGGGCCGCCGUGGCUCUUCUGCUGGACGUAUCCUUGGUGGUUCUCUCGCCGAGUCGGAUGUGCAUAUUGAAGUGUCAGAAGAGGAAGAAGAGGACAGCGCGAGCGCGACGCAGGCCACACCGAAAACCGCCGCGCCUGUACCAUCAACACCUACCGUCGUCCCUCCAACACCUGCUCCGGCCGUUCCCGCUCCUGCCACUAACGGUGUGCAAGUCAACGGCACCACUCCUGCUCCCACUACGACCCCGAACCCACCAAAGCGCCGCCAGCGCUCAGACAGCGUGACAACCUUCCACGGCGGCGGGGGCACGGUAGGCUCCGAGUCCAUCUUCCGUCUUCUCCCGCGCGAGACACGCCCCGUCCUCCGGCGCAUGCUCUUCGUCGAGCCCGCCUCGCGCUGCACCCUCACCGACCUCCUCAAGGGCAAGGGCAAGACUAGCGGCCUGCUCUGCGGGUGCCGUGUCGGCGCGGACCGUAUGCGCAGGGGUAGCGGGAGCACCGGGUCCUCCUCUGACGAUGGGGUCAGCCUCAAUGGCAAUUGGGUGGACAGGGUGAAUGGGACGCAGCAAGGGCCGUUCAAGGACGGUCAUUGCGUGGACCACGACGAGCAUGAUGUCGAGGAUGAGGACGAUGGCGACGAUUGGCUCAAGUCGAUUGACCCGUGCUCGAUGCCGGGCGUCGUGCCCCGCCAUGUACAUAUUAAGGUGGCGGUCGAUGAGAAGCAGGGGAAGAGGAAGUUCUUUUAG